GAAGGAAUUUUCUCUCUCCCCAAACUCGAACUCGCAGCUGCUCUUGUCUUCUCCCUCUCCGUCCUGCCACCUCCUCCUCUUAAAACCCUUGAACAAAACGAGACAUCUUGUAGUUGUAUCACAACCUCUAGUCGGUGGCGCCUCUUCCAACCACCUCUUCUUCUCUACCGCUGCAAUUUCUCAGUAUGUACUUUCUUUGCUUAUCUAUUUUCCGAUUUUUUUAAAAAAAUUGUUGAUUUUAUUUGUAAUUGAAGAUCCAAUAAGUGUUCAGUCUGGGGAUGAUGGAUUUUUCCUGAUAUGAUGGGGGAAGAUGGAUUUUGCCUGAUGUGAUGUGGGGUUGAUGGGUUUUGCCUGAUAUGAUGUGGGGAUGAUGGAUUUUGGGUUUCAAAUUGUUAAACAUAAAUUUCUGAUUGUACAUGAAAUCAUUUCAUUCUGAUUGUACAUGAAGUGAUUUCAAGGAAAUUCAUAUUAGAAUUUAACCUAAACUAUUUCAACUAAUUAUUAAGAUGAUAACUUUGCAUUACAUUGUAUUGGGAUAAAAGGGUUUGAUGGACAUAUUCCUUGUUUGGAUAUGGAAUGGAGUGAGGGAAAGGAAUGGAAUUGGAGUUAUUUAAUACGAGUAGUUCCUUGUUUUUCUUUUGAGUGUUUAAGCUCAUGUCCUUGUUGAUCACCCAAACAUGUUGUCUUAGAAAUGUGAGUGUGUGGAGGCUUGUUUGGUUGCUCGUCGACUCUGCUUCUGAGUUUGCUGCUGCUGAAUUUUCCAGAAAUUCGAGUCCUUGCUACUGCUGCCAAUAUAAAUGUACGGAAGAGCAGGUCUUGACAGAUUUAAGAAGGCUCAGGCCUUGGAGCCCUUUUCUGUCACUCCUAAAACAUCUCUGCCAUCUCCUAAAGUUGUGACCCAAUCUUAUCCUCAGUAUCCUACCCAAAAUGGGCAGAUUCACUCACAACCUCCUCUCUCUCAGAAACCAGCUCUGGAUUCAGCUGCCACUUUGCCCUCCACAAUCACUUCCCAUGCUACCCAAGUUGGCGGGGGGCAAUCUACUUGGCAGCCUCCAGAUUGGGCUAUUGAACCUCGUCCUGGUGUAUAUUAUCUUGAGGUUUUGAAAGACGGCGAACCCCUCGACCGGAUUAAUCUUGACAAAAGGAGGCACAUCUUUGGCAGGCAGCUCCAUGCGUGUGACUUUGUUCUUGAUCAUCAAUCUGUCUCACGUCAGCAUGCAGCUGUUGUUCCACAUAAAAAUGGAAGCAUAUAUGUAUUGGAUUUGGGAUCUGCUCAUGGUACAUUUGUUGCGAAUGAGAGAUUAACAAAAGAUACACCGGUUGAACUUGAAGCUGGUCAGUCUCUGCGAUUUGCUGCAUCAACAAGAACUUAUGUCUUGAGAAAAAAUGAAGCAGCUCUUUUCCCUCAAACUCCUGUGCCCACGGAGAUCAAUUUGCCGCCACCCCCUGACCCUUCAGAUGAGGAAGCUCUUGUUGCCUAUAACACACUAUUAAAUCGUUAUGGUAUAAGCAAACCAGACCUCAUUGGAUCUGCAAGUAUGUUUUCUAUAUCAAGUAGCAAAGAUGAUAGCCAACCACCAGCGAGACCAGCUAAGAGAAUGAAGAAAAGUAGAGUUGCCUUCAGAGACCAAGUUGGGGGUGAGCUGGUUGAAGUAGUUGGAGUUUCUGAUGGUGCCGAUGUAGAAACAGAACCUGGUCCUCUUGGUUUAAAAGAGGGAAGUCUUGUUGGGAAAUAUGAAUCACUAGUCCAAGUCACAGUGAUUCCGAAAGGGAAAGGACAGUUUUCUGUCAAGGAAGAUAAUGUGUCUCCAAAAGGUGUUACUGACAAACUACAGGAAGUCUUGAACAAGGUUAAAAGACCUAAUACUUUAAAAAGUGGUAUCUAUGAUGAUCUAUAUGGAGAAUCCUUUUCCGGAAAGAUGGGUUCAUCAUGGGCAGUCUCUUCUAGUAGCUCUGUUGGUAAAGAACCAUCACCUUCAAGUUUCACUAAUGGGAUGAAGGAUGUUGUUUUGUCCAAUUCUACUUCAGGAAGCAAUCAUAAUACUCUUGAUGAUGACGAUGAUGAUUUAUUUGGUGACUGAUUUUGAGGUAAGCGGAAAAUCUUCUGACUGCCUCUCUUAAAAGGAAAAAAAAAAAAAAAAAGGGCUCUUUGAUGGGUAAGCUACUGUAAUUGAAAUCAAAUGUCUAAGAUGCAUACUUUUGUGCUUAAGGCAAAGGGUCUUUAUCUUAAUUCUUUAGAGAGGUGAUUUUGUUGUAUUUUAAUACGAGUAUUAAUUUUCUAUGGUGGUGCAAUUUCAGUGUCUGUUUGAGGCCAAAGAUUUGAACUUGAGGGUCUAGCUGUAUAGAUCAUAGAUGCAGUGUUUUGUAAGAUGCAGAAGGUUAAAAUGUUUUUACAUUCACGAAAUUAGAUUGUUUUGAGGCUUUGAUCA